AUGAAAUUGAAAGUAGCCGUAAGUGGGUUUCUAGUCAUUACACUUGCUCUGACGUCGUCGCCGUCGAGCGUCGGUGCCAGUGCCAAUGAAGUGGAUCCGAAGGAUUCGCUGCCGGUGCAGCGGAUACCGAGUGCUCCCGAACGGACGAAACGGUUGAUCGUUGAUAGUGAGAAUAGCAGCAGCAACAACAACAACAACAACAACAACCACAGUGAGAGUGAUUUCGAUGAAGUUGAGAGAACGAACGGUGCUAGCGGUGGCGGCGGUGCGUUUAGUAGAAUCGAUCGUGCACUGCUGAGCGCCUUGAAGGAUGCGAUCGGUACUUUGAAUGGAACGGCCUGCCGGCGGGAUCUGAACCGUACGCUGGAUGCCGUCCGACGGGGGAAGGCUUGGGCCAUAGCAAUGCUGGACUCAUCGGCUAAAUCCACGUUCGGCAUCGAGUAUGGCAACGUGUAUCAAUUCGGUCACUUCGAUCAGUGCAUGGGCAUCAACCGGAACCGGUUCAAGUCGAACGGCGGCAACAACGACGACAAUGGCUCCGGUGGCAUACUUUCGCAGUACUGUCUGGCCGACGUACACGCCGAAGGAUACCGGCUGCGGACGGUGGUGUCGCGCAAACCGACGCCCAACAACUACACCCUGGUUCACUGGGGUUGGUGCUUUCCCGCGACCUGUUCGGAGGCGGAAAUCGAACAGCUGUUGCGUCAAACCACCGGCUACCGGGAGGUCGCGAUUUCGCCGAAGAGCUGCCACCGACGGGAGUCGGUGGUGAUAUCGACGGCUGACAUGGCGUUCGUUUCGGUUAUUCUUCUCUUCGUACUGAUGGUGCUCGGCAGUACGGUGUACCACUGGAAGUCCAGCUGUCUGUGUCGUGGCGCGGACAAGGAAACCAUUUGCGGACAGGUACUGAAGUCGUUUUCGGUGGUGGAGAAUCUAAGGAAACUCGUUCAGGACAGUAAGGACGAUCAUGGGUUGGGUUGUAUCAACGGAAUUAAGGCCCUCUCGAUGGUGUUCAUUUUGGGUGGACAUUCGCUGUUGUUCUUCGUAGGCGGAGCGAUGUAUAAUCCGGGAUUUUUCGGAGAGCAAGCAAAACUCCUCCGCAAUGCGUUCCUGUUGAACUCCCCGCUUCUGGUGGACACCUUCCUGCUGCUGAGUGGAUUCCUAUUCGCCCGGUUGCUGCUAAUCGAGCUGGAUAAACGUCGAGGAAAAGUCAAUUUCCUACUGCUCUACAUCUUCCGCUACAUUCGCCUAACACCAGCCUACGCGGCCAUUAUCGCCCUGUACGCCACCUGGCUGCCCCGGCUCGGCAGUGGUCCCCUGUGGGACCGACGAAUGGAGCUGGAGCAAACGCGCUGUCAGGCUAGCUGGUGGCGGAAUCUGCUCUACGUCAACAACUACGUCGGCACCGAGCAGCUGUGUAUGUUCCAAUCCUGGUACCUGGCGGCGGACACGCAGCUCUUCAUACUGGCACCGUUGCUACUGUAUCCGAUGUGGCGACUGCGUCGCCAGGCCGCCCUAACCCUGGUCGGAACGGUGGCCCUGCUUUCCGUUGUAAUUCCCUUCUGCGUUACCUACUUUGGCCAGCUGGAUCCGUCGCUGAUGUACUACACAGAUGAACUGGUCGACGUCCAAACAAACGCCUACUACGUGAAUGCUUAUGUCAAAACUCAUAUGCGGGCGACGGCCUACAUUUUCGGAAUAAUUGCCGGCUAUCUUGUCCACCUGAUGCAGGAGAAAAACAUCACAAUUGGCCGGUACAAGGUGGCACUGCUGUGGCUGGGAUCAUCCGCAAUCGGAACGGCAUCGAUGUUCGGUGUGUCGAUUUUCUACAAUGCCACCGGAACGGAGAACUAUCUGUACAAUGCCCUGUAUGCGGCACUGCACCGCUUCGGAUGGAGUCUUUCGAACGGCUGGCUUGUGCUGGCCUGUGUGACCGGCCACGCGGGGCCGCUGAAAAAGUUCCUUUCCUCGCCGGUACUGGUUCCGAUCAGUCGGCUAACCUACUGUGCCUAUCUUACCAAUGGGCUGGUGGAGCUGUACAUCAGUGCUUCCCAGCGGACAGCGCGGCAUUCGAGCGUCGUUGGAUUGACGGCAGUCACCCUAUCGCACGUGAUUCUCACCUUCCUGGCGGCACUCGGGCUGUGUUUGAUGUUCGAAUCACCGAUCCACGGGAUCGAGAAAAUCCUGCUCCGCAGGAGACGGCGACCGGCCAGCGGAGGCAGUGCGGUGCAGCACCAACACCAUCGGCAUGGCACGGGCUGUACAACCGGCAGCGACAGCAGCACGGGCAACACGCACAGCACUUCGGACGAUUCCAGCGCUUGA